AUGGAAUUUGUUGAUAAGGACUUGGAUCCCGAGGGAACAGAAAAAAUGGAAGCCUCGGAAUUCAUGGAACUGAUGAACACACCAAAACGGUGGGAGUUGGUCAAAUCAUAUAUAGACCCUGUGGAGAUAUACGACUCUUUGAGCAGCAAGAAAAUCAUCACUGAAAGAGAAUACUUCUCAACCUUUAAAAGAUUCAGAAUUAAACAGGAUCGCAUUGAGAACCUCAGAUGUACUGUCAUUGACCAGAAGGAAGACGCUAGAUUCAUAGAGGAAGUGAUCAGUUUUAUACAAACUACAAGGAGAACACUUGUUCUGAAGAAAAUCUUGCAUGCUGAUGAUGAAACUUUGAAAAAAAUGCGCGAAGAACAGGACCCAAAGAAUUUCUCAGCAAAAUUAAGUGAACGAAAAGCAAAAGGACAAAGGAUAUUAUUUCCACUUUUCACGACAACUGCAGCCAGAAAAGAUCUCCCCGAGAAAACAUCUUUGGAACCUCUAGGAGCUAGAACAUCAGAGGACUCAGCAAAAGGACCAUAUG